CAGACCUCGUGUGGGCCUCGACGGCGGCGGUGCUCCCCAGCCCAGCAUGGCCGCCUGGGUGUUCUGUAAUCGGUGCUUCCAGCCGCCCCGCGGGACGUCGUGCUUCAGCCUGACCAACUGCGGGCACGUGUACUGCGACACCUGCCUCGGCAAAGGUAAAAAGGAUGAAUGCUUGAUUUGUAAAGUUCCUUGUCGUACAGUUUUACUUUCAAAGCAUACUGACUCAGACAUUCAGGCCUUCUUUGUGGGCAUAGAUGGUCUGUGUAAGAAAUACUCCAGAGAAACCUCCCAGAUUUCAGAAUUUCAAGAAAAACACAGGAAGAGGUUGUUAGCCUUCUAUAGAGAAAAGAUUUCUAAGUUGGAAGAAUCCCUCAGGAAGGCAGUGCUGCAAAUAGAACAGCUGCAAAGUAUGAGAUCGUCACAACAGGCAGCUUUCAGCACACUAAAAAAUUCAGUUUCAACAAAGCCGCGUGUUCAUCCGCUGCAGCCACCUCGCUCGUCAGCCCCAGACAGAGUGGAGUCGAUGGAAGUUGAUCUUACUCCUUCCCCAAUGAGAAAACCUGAGGUAGCAGCUGGCCCUGCAAGGAUCUCCUUGAUUAGUCCACCCCAAGAUGGACGCAUGGGGAAAUGGAGGGAGUGAAACACGGGUCGGACUCCCAUGUAGAAGGAGCCGAAGAACUUCUGAAAGUGCUUUUGCUCCUCCGGCAGUUUCCAGAGUAACAGCAGCCAAGGCUUCAGCACGUGGAGGGAAGUCAAGUCUCCAGAAUUUUGCUGAGCGCUUCUGUAGUGCAUGCCCACAGCUGCCUGGUGCACGGGCAGGCCCUCCCCAGCUGGGCCCCCCGGGCCGGCAGAGGUACAAGCCUUGGCCCAAGAGCUCUUGUGUGAGACUCUAAAAGUCAGCGGGACUGCCCAGUCCUGGGUUCCAGGUCUUGAUAUUGAACUGCCAAUUUAUUCAGAUGGUUUAAAUAUCCUCUAUGUUGCAAAGGUGCAAAAAGGUAAAAAGAUUAAAAUGUAAAACAUUUGCGCUCCCCUCAUGUGAAUGCUUCUGUGGAGUCGGAAGAACUCGGGCGUCCUCAGGGAGAUCGUUGUGGAUGCUUAGGGUUGUGUAGCAACCGGAGAACUCGAUCUGUGCGUUCAUGCGGUUCCACCCGUUACUGAUGGGGAGAGAGUGACCGCUACAGGGAAACAUAGCAGGUUUGUGUGGUCUUCCAAGUGUCGUGAUGUGUUAACAUAAACAACGUAUGUUCUGUU